AUGGAGAGAGUCAACCGCACAUUAGUCACUGAAUUUAUCUUCCUGCAAUUUUCUACCUCGUCACAUCUACAGUUGCUCUUCUUCUCCCUUUUCCUCCUGGUCUACCUCCUGUCCUUGGUAGGCAACACACUCAUCGUGCUUAUUGUGGCCCUGGAUGAUCUCCACACUCCCAUGUACUUUUUCAUCUGUAAUCUCUCCUUGGUAGAGCUCUGGUACACCACAGUCACUGUGCCCAAGAUGCUGGCCAAUUUUCUAAGUUCCAAAAGGGUCAUCUCAGUUUCCAGCUGCAUUACCCAGUACUAUUUCUUCUUCUCCUUGGCUGCCACUGAGCUCUUCAUCCUCACCACCAUGGCCUUUGACCGCUAUGCUGCCAUUUGUCGCCCACUCCAUUAUCCAUUGUUACCCAGUCCCCAGACUUGUGGGACUCUGGCUGGGAUCUGCUGGUCUGUGGGAUUCCUUUGCCCCAUUUUUCCUUCCCUCCUCCUUGCACAAAUUUCUUUCUGCACACCAAGCCAGAUCAAUCACUUUUUCUGUGAUGCUGAUCGGCUUUUCCACCUUUCUUGCACAGACACAUAUACCAUCCAUGUGGUGGGAUAUGCUUUUAGUACUGUGAUUAUACUAGGAGCCUUGGGCUUUACCAUGGCUUCUUAUGCCCGAAUCCUGGUCACAGUCCUAGCCAUGGCCUCAGCUGCUGCCAGAUAUAAAGCCUUUUCCACCUGUACAGCUCACCUUUCUGUGGUAAGCAUCCACUUUGGCACUCUCAUAUUCAUGUAUGUCAGACCAGCAGUAAAAUAUGAGUCAAAUAUCAACAAGAUUGUGGCUGUCUUCUACUCAGUCAUCACCCCACUUCUCAAUCUUCACAUCUAUACACUCCGCAACAAGGAUGUCAAGAAAGCCCUGAAAGUAUUGGUGUCCCAUAUCCAAAAGGCCUGCCAUUCAUGCAAGGAGACUCAGUGA